GCUUCUUAUUCCUGAUUCUGUUUAAACGCCGAUAUGUUCAUUGUUGUAACAAUGCUGAGCCUUGUCUUCCCUUCUAUUUUGCUGGAUUAAGCUAACGUGUUUGCAAUCACUUUCCGUUUGCCGGUCUGCACGAAAAUCAGCGAAAGCGAAGGAAAGCAAUUUGUCCACGAUCGUCUAAAACACACCAAAGGCGUAUAACGUAAAAUGAGCAACCGUCGUAAGAAAACAGACCGCGUUGAUCGUGAAACGCUCCUUGUGACGGUCAACGAUGAAGAAAAGCACGAAAAGAGUGACCUGCGAGGGGACUGGGGCAACAUUUCCAUACUGUUCUUUCUCUAUCUGCUGCAAGGCAUUCCAAUCGGAUUGGCCUCGGCCAUACCCAUGUUGCUGCAGAAUCGCGGUGCAAGCUACAAACAGCAGGCUGAAUUCAGUUUCGCUCACUGGCCGUUCAGCUUAAAGUUGCUAUGGGCACCCAUAGUGGAUUCACUGUUCUGGAAACGCUUCGGAAGGCGAAAAUCAUGGCUCAUCCCAACGCAGUACCUGAUAGGGAUAUUUAUGCUUAUUCUAUCACUGCACGUUAACCGUUGGUUGGGCGCUGAAAACAGCAGUUCCGACGAAGACCAUUCCAACGCGGAGAGCAGCACAUUCAACAUUCCGCUAUUGACGGGCAUAUUUUUUAUGCUAAACUUUCUGGCCGCUACACAAGACAUCGCUGUAGAUGGAUGGGCCUUAACGAUGCUGAAACGUUGCAACGUGGGACACGCAUCGACCUGCAAUAGUGUAGGCCAAACGGCAGGAUAUUUCCUCGGUUAUGUGGCCUUUAUGGCAUUGGAAUCGGCCGAAUUUUGCAACAGUUACCUGCGCUCCGAACCCGCACCGGAGGGUUUGGUCAAUCUGUCCGGAUAUCUCUGGUUCUGGGGGUUAGUGUUUCUUGUUACGACCACAUUGGUGGCGCUAUGCAAACAAGAACUCGCACCCAGCAUCGAUCGAGGCCACGAGGAACAUCUGGAGCUGGACAUAAAACAAACCUAUCAUCUGCUGCUCGAUAUAGUCAAGAUGAAACCGAUUCUGACACUGGUGGCCAUACUGUUAACGGCCAAGGCAGGAUUUGCCGCUUGCGAUGCGGUUACCUCGCUGAAGCUGAUUGAUGCCGGUGUCCCGAAAGAUAAGCUAGCGUUGCUAGUUGUUCCACUUGUGCCACUGCAGAUAGUUUUACCGCUGGUGAUCAGUAAAUAUACUGCUGGGACGCGACCCAUGGAGGUUUACCUGAAAGCCAUCCCUUACCGGAUAGCACUAACACUAGCAGCGGCCGGUAUUGUAUGGAUUACUCCUGCCAUCAUACGAGAACAUCACGUACCGUACUACUACUACAUACUGCUGCUAACGAACUACGGUCUGUACCAGAUCGCACUUUAUAGCAUGUUUGUGGCUGUGAUGGCCUUUUUCGCACGGAUAAGCGAUCCCGCCGUCGGAGGCACCUAUAUGACGCUGCUAAACACACUCAGCAACCUCGGUGGCAAUUGGCCGACGACCGUGGUUCUGUGGUUAGUCGAUUAUCUUACGUGGAAACGAUGCUCGAACGCAACAGAGAAUGAUUGUUCUGAUGCAGCACUGAAGGAGACAUGCAGUGCAGGUGGUGGUAAAUGUACGAUUACGAUCGAUGGGUAUUAUAUAGAGAUAUUUAUUUGCCUCCUUUACGGGCUCCUCUGGUACCGAUGGGGUAGUGGUAAAAUACGUCAGCUACAAGAACUUCCGCUUAAAGCGUGGCGCGUAGCGCGAAGAGUUCAACGUGCGCAUAGCAGCUAGCAAUUAAUGCAAUUGAUAUGACAAUUCCAUUUAUCUGUACGUUAGGUAAGCCGAUGUUACUAAAAAUUGGAACAAACGCGUGGCGAAGUUUUUAGGGAGAAUAUAGUUGGCAGUUUUUUUAUAUUUAAACACAAAUCGCCAAGCGUGGUACCAUGUGCGGAGAAAUGGGUACUUCAUGUACACAAUCCCACCUUUGUUUUGUAUUGCAGGGAAAAAACACGCACAAAGUCGUUCCUUCAGGGUAGAGAGGAUCGUUGAAAUGAAGUAGAAUGUGAAACCAUUCUCUGCUCCCGCGUACGUCUUUAUUUGAUGUUUUGUUAUUUUGUAUAUGCUUUCAUUCCCUUCUCAAUUGCACCGUGAAUAGAUAUUGCUCAUACAAUCGAGACAUAUGUAUUAAUUAUGUGUGCAGCAAAAACGAUAAUGUUGUACUCGGUACAACUCCGUUAUAAGGGAAUGUUUUCCUUCUCGUGAUGUAGUAAAGUAUGGUUCGAUCAAAAGAUUCGAUUCGCAAGAUUCUACCAUUUGAAUGUGUGUGUGUGUGUGAACAGAAAUAAACAUUUUACCAUCGAAAUGCACAUAUGUUGUAAUGCUAUUUUCUGCUUUAUUAACUUUUUUCAUGCCUGUGAAAGUAAUUAUUGUCAAUCGCUUGGUUAAGAAGCAAUCCAACACUCGCCCUAGAACACGACAUCCUUCAGAAGUAUAAUUUGAAAAUAAUCAUUGUGUUAGUAAUUGUUCAUAAUUGAUAACUAAACAGACACGUGUUAUAUCAACAACAGUAAAGCAUUGUAAUACACGUUUUCCGUAUAGAUCAUGUGUCCUUUUUUGUCAACUAUUCAACUCUGCAGUACCAUAUUCCCUUCUAUGUGUUGCUUAUUUUCAGUAGAAGAAAAACUUUCUUCAUUCUAAUUUCUUAGGUUCUUUGCUUAAAGUUGGCCCGUAACUUCUCACAGCUGAUGGCUAUGAUCUCUACUAAAAGCCAUACCAUUUUUCUUCUAUUUUCAUAUACGAAUCAGCCAUGGUGGGAGUAUACUAUCACAUACUAAUCAGAAAAAAAAUCAAGCAUAUUACACAACAAGUCUACUACAUGGUGACUUCACUAGAGAGAAUUACUAUUGCAGACAGUUGUAGUGUAGAUAUCUAAUUGUUUAAACAUGUAGGCGAAUGUAUGUGUGUCUGGGGGUACUAUUGUAUAUAUAUGUAAACAGUUCUUUACGGCACGCCGCUAACCUUUGAACGAUUCUCUAUUCCGUUUCGACCGAUUCUGGCAUGGACGUAACUGAUUUAUUGGGACCGUGUGCAAGAACACAACGGACGUUGCGCAUUGUCUUUCCAUAUAUGUUUGAGCAGGGUAUUGCUGAAGUGCGGCUUGCGAUACACAUAUUUCUCCUGUAGACUAUGCACCCAUGAGUGUAUUACUUACAGUGUAUUUAUAAAUGCAGAUCGUGAGAGGGGAACACAAUUGAGGAAUAUCGUUCGUUUAGAAUGUAUCGCUAUACAUUAUGGUUAUGGGUUAAGCUAAAUUAUGAAAGAUCCAACGCUUGUGUUUAACUAAACCCCAAUUUUACGUGUGCAAUAAUUGAUUUGCUUCAACAGGCUGAACGUUUAAAGGAACAAAUAAAAACUUAAGUAAAGCAGUAGGUGACUUAUUUGUUGGUGGUACAGAAUCCUACCCAACAUAUCCUCCAUUUACUUCAAACAAUUAGUGUUUCCAAUACGCAUUUUCUAUUAAAAAAAUUAUAUCGUCUUGGACGAACUUAUGUGCUACACACGUGUAUGUAUUAUACGCAUUGAUAGAUAAAUUAUUUAUAUGUAUAUAUGUGGUUAGUAAUGAAACACAAAUCACGCUUUAUAGCAUAUGCCCUUUUGCCACGCGCAAGGGACAAUCAGUUUUGUAUGAGGAACUGUGCCUGAACAUAAACGAACCCG